AUGAGGUUCAUCCUGCCUGGUUUGAUCGCUGUCACCCUUGCAAUUGCUCGUCGCUUUGACAGGGAGAAGGUGCUACAGGUGGAGCCCCAGGAUGAAAAACAAGCAAACAUCAUAAAGGACUUGGCCAAAACCAACCAGCUUGACUUCUGGUAUCCAGACAUCACCCACCAUGUAGCUGCUAACAUGACAGUAGAUUUCAGAAUUAGUGAAAAGGAAUUCCAGUCCAUUCAGGCUGCCUUGGAUCCAAAUAGAAUGCACUAUGAAAUCUUGAUUCACGAUGUACAAGAAGAGGUUGAGAAACAGUUUGAUGUCAAAGAAGAUAUCCCAGGUAGGCACAGCUAUGCAAAAUACAAUAACUGGGACAGGACUGUUGCUUGGACUGAAAGAACGGUACAUAAGCAUCCUAAAAUGGUCUCUCGAAUUAAAAUUGGAACUACUGUUGAAGAUAAUCCACUGUAUGUUCUCAAGAUUGGGGAAAAGGAUGAAAGAAGAAAGGCUAUUUUUAUGGAUUGUGGCAUUCCUGCACGAGAAUGGAUCUCCCCAGCAUUCUGCCCGUGGUUUGUCUAUCAGGCAACCAAAACUUAUGGUAAAAACAAAAUUAUGACCAAACUCCUGGACCGAAUGAAUUUUUAUGUUCUUCCUGUGUUCAAUGUUGAUGGAUAUAUUUAGUCAUGGAGAUAGGACCGCAUGUGGAGAAAAAAUCGUUCCAAGAACCAACGUUCCGAAUGCAUUGGAACUGACCUCAACAGGAACUUUAAUGUCUCAUGGAACUCUUUCCCUCACACCAAGGUCCCAUGUCAGGAGAUCUAUCGGGGCCCUGCACCAGAGUCUGAGAAAGAGACCAAAGCUGUCACUGACUUCAUUCGAAGCCACCGAAAAUCAAUCAAGGCUUACCUUACCUUCCAUCCCUACUCCCAGAAGCUAUUGUUUCCCUACGGAUAUAUAUCAGAACUGCCACCUAACCACGAGGAACUGGCCAAAGUUGCAAAGAUUGGCACUAAUGUCCUAUCAACUCAGACUGAGGGGAAAAGGCACACAGAGACCAACUAUUGCCUCAAGGACCCUGCACAAGCCCCACCCAUGGAGUCCCCCCUGCCUUCUAUCCCAGGACUGGACAUGACUCUUCCAUUCCGCCAAGGCUGGACAUGUGACCGUACUCACCUGACUGCUCCAGCCCAGACAGCUCUGCAAUACCCGACAUCAGGUUCUUCUUUAGACUGGGCUUACAACGUGGGCAUCAAACACACAUUUGCCUUUGAGCUCCGAGAUAAAGGCAAAUUUGGUUUUCUCCGUCCAGGGUCUCAGAUAAAGUCAACUUGUAAAGAGACCAUGCUAGCUGUCAAGUUUAUUGUCAAGUAUAUCCUCAAGCAUACUUCCUAA